AAAUCCGGAAUCAAACGCAGAGAGUAACUGGAGUUAGGGUUUAACUUGGAAUUGCUUUGGAUUGAUUCUCUUCUCUCUCACGCAAAAGAAGGAAAACGAACUCAGAAUCCAUGGCGACAACAAUGACGAAACGAAAACCAGUGUUUGUGAAGGUGGAUCAACUAACACCUGGCACCAACGGCCACACGCUGACGGUGAAGGUGGUGAGCUCUAAGCCGGUGAAGACGGUGAGCAACCGCGGUGGUCGAUCAUCGGUGCUAACGGCGCGACCGUCGCGCAUCGCCGAGUGCCUCGUUGGCGACGAAACCGGAACCAUAAUCUUCACUGCUCGCAACGAACAGGUGGACCUCAUGAAUGCUGGUGCUACUUUAACUCUGCGUAAUGCAAAGAUUGACAUGUUCAAGGGAUCUAUGAGGCUUGCAGUUGAUAGAUGGGGGCGUAUUGAAGCCACAGAACCUGCAGAUUUUGAAGUUAAAGAGGAUAACAAUCUUUCUUUAGUUGAAUAUGAAUUAGUUAAUGUUGUUGAAGAGUGAUUUUAUCUUCAUGGUGAAUCUUUGGGUUUACCAAAGGUUUAAUUUUUAUUUUGAUCAUUGAACAAUUGACUGCGUUGCAGUUUUCUUAUGGUACAGUCUUGUUUAUUUAGUCUUAA